UCCACCAAUUACAUACUGCGUUAUAAAUCAGCCAACCUCAUCACGAAAUCUCAUUCGACAUCCCCAUAAAUUUCCGAUUUAACCUUUAACAAAUAUUUGUAACACAUUCCAUUUUCUCGUGAUUCCUUUAUUAAACACUAGAAAAUGACAGAAAAAUUAAAGAACCCGUGGCACCCAGAAGAAAUUCGUCCCUGACAAGGUUCUAUGACUGGCGGUGGGGGUAAAGAGGGGCUGGCUUGUACCGGCGGCGCCUGCAGUGACCGGCUGGUGUUUGUGAGCACCCGGGUGUCAAAAACUCGGUGGCACGCGUUUGUAUCUCGAUCCUUGACUUUGCUCUUCUCCUGGGCCGUCUGCCUCUAGCAAGAUCAGGGGACAGAUCGGUGUCGUAGUGUGACAGCGAUCGACUGGCUACGAUACUGCUACACGAGCAACCCUUGCGCUCUUUUUUUCCAAGGCUCACGCGGUUUUCCAUGUCAACGACACGCGCGCUCCUGCCAAGGCCAGCGUGCUACGCCCCGCACAGAGUAGGCUCCGUCGUCUUCGUCGUCAUCGUCGUCGCCGCUGCUGCUGCCGCCGUCAAUCGACAGCUCCACGUAGUUCUGUCCGUCCUCGACGGCCUGCUGCUGUCUGCUGCGCCGCGUCAGUGGUUAGACUUCUUUAGUUCAUCGUCGUGGUCGCCGUCCCGGUGGUGGUUAGCUUGGAAAAAGGCCGGCGAACUAGCGAGUUUCUGUACGCUUAUCACCAGGGUGAAGAAAAGGAGACACUGCAGCGUCGCUCACGCCAGCCUGAGAUGAGCGACCAUGGCUGCAUACACUUGAAUAAUUUCAAAGCAGCCAAGGGUAUCCAGCCAUACAAAGUGAUACACUCCUAUUUUGUGACCAGCACGUCGACCGAGGCACGCGUAAGAAAGGCUGUUAGUUGUUUAUGUCACACAUGUAAGACAUAUAAAGAUCGCCUACAUUCUUGUCUUCAUUGUAUAUUCUUUGGCUGCUAUGUAAAAGGUCAUAUACAAGAACAUGCAAAGACGAAAAAGCAUUUUUUAGCUGUUGAUCUUUGUUAUGGAAAUAUCUUGUGCUUCCAAUGUGGGGAUUAUGUAUAUGAUAGGGAGCUAUUAGCGGUUGCUAAAGCACAAUGGAGUGAAUCUGCAAAGUCACUGAGUUUUGGAGAAUUUUAUAGAUCAUGGGAACCAACACAGAUAGAGGCAGAAUUAUUGAGAAAACAUCCACGCAGAAGGCGCGUGGUCGAAAAUUCUACCAUAGGUUUAAGAGGACUUAUAAAUCUUGGAAGUACAUGUUUCAUGAACUGCAUAGUACAAGCUCUCAUACACACACCACUAUUGAGAGAUUACUUUCUUGCUGACCGACAUCACUGUCCACAGCCAACACGUUGCCUGGUCUGUGAAGUAUCCCAUCUUUUUCAGGAAUUUUACUCGGGUAGCAAAGCACCGCUGACGCUUCAUAAGCUUCUCCAUUUGAUCUGGACACAUGCUAGACAUUUAGCAGGUUAUGAACAGCAGGAUGCCCAUGAAUUCUUUAUAGCCACGCUCGAUGUUCUACAUAGGCAUUGUGAAGCAGCACCCAUCUUAGUAAAAGAUAAUCCACAUCACUGUAACUGUAUCAUUGAUCAAAUCUUUACUGGUGGACUUCAGAGUGAUGUGGUUUGUCAGGCGUGCAAUGGAGUGUCUACUACGAUAGAUCCAUUCUGGGAUAUAUCUUUGGAUUUGGGUCCAGCGGCUAGCGCAUCAGGUUCCGAUAGUUCUGGUCCUCCUACCUCGUUAUUAGAUUGUUUGGAAAGGUUCACGCGGGCCGAACACUUGGGAUCUAGCGCAAAAAUAAAGUGUAGCAAUUGUCAGACGUAUCAAGAGAGUACCAAGCAAUUGACUAUGAAACAACUCCCUAUCGUGGCUAGCUUUCAUUUAAAAAGAUUCGAGCACUCUAGUAUACAGGACAAGAAGAUCUGUACGUUCAUCUCGUUUCCAGAACAAUUAGAUAUGACUCCAUUCAUGUCGCAUAGACGGAACGGCAACAAUAACAGUGCAAUGAUAGAUGGACUGCCAAAGAAUGGGGAAGAUAUGGCGUUCAGCGACAAUAGAUAUUCUCUAUUCGCGGUAAUAAAUCAUGAAGGAUCUUUGGAGACUGGACAUUACACUGCCUUCAUACGGCAGCAGAGAGAUCAAUGGUUUAAAUGUGAUGAUCAUUUGAUCACAAGAGCAAGGUUAAAAGACGUCUUGACUAGCGAAGGGUAUCUCCUUUUUUAUCAUAAACAAAUUUUGGAGUAUGGUCGAAACACCAAGGUGUAAAACUUUAGAUUAUAUAAUUAAUUUAUUUAUCACGAUGAAUUACGAAAAAUAGAUUUAAGUUUUCUUUAGCAUUUUAAAAAAGGGAACUUUAUGAGCAGCUUAUUCCCUUCUGGAAACUGCUUCAUGAGUCCGACUCACGCGAACUCGCUUGUCGGUCGAGUGUGCAUAAUCUAUGCAACAGGAAAUAAGAAUAGUGAAACAAAGGCCUCAAAAAUGGAAUUUCGAACUUUCGUUUGAAGUGAUGCCGUUAGGAAGUGGUUAUGAAUGGAGAUACUUUCAAUGAAAUUAGAGAAGAGAAUUUUGAUGAAUGAUUAUAUUAUUAUGUUUUGGUUGCAUGAUUGAAAAAUCAAGAAUAAACUAGAAACUAAUGACUGUUAAAGAAAUAGUCAAGAUCGGCGGGAUGUCGCUCUGUUAGCAUAGAUAUUUGUUAUGUUAAUCUUUAAUUAUCAACUUUCGAAAUGCGAAAAAUGUAAAAGAAUUGUGUUCGUUCUAUUAUGCUCUAUUUUCUCUUUCCACCGUUGUCUUAGUUGUGUUUGACGAAAUCUAGGCUAGCGCACACGGUGAUCGAUUUCUCUAUUCGUGUCCUAAAGUAAUAUAAGUGUAAUUUUAAGAUUAGCUCAAUUUUUUUAAACAACCGAUCGCAUUUUUGUAUAUCGCUGACUGUUAUUAUAUUCCUGUCCUGACACUUGUAUACAUGAGACACCAAGGAUGGGUCACACGAUUCGAGAGUAUUCUAAUUAAUAAGUUUGAUCUUUAGUGAAGAUUAAAUUAAGAAGCCACCAUUUUAUUCACAUGAUUCCUCGUGUAAGUCAUCCCUUGGUGAUUCAAUUUUGUACAAACGAAAUAACAUAUAGCAAGAAAGAGGGAUAAUAAUAUUAUCCAUAUACAAGCGAAUUAUUUCGCACGACUGUGUAUAAUAAAACAAAAAUCACUACUUGACAAAUUUCUUUCUGGUUGGCCGUUUUUCUUUUUUUUAAGAACAAAAGAUAGACUAAUUUAGAACUUAAUGAAUUUCGAGCGAAAGAAAGAAACUGUUAAAAAGAAUCGUGCAUAGAGCUUUCAAUAAUAUUAUGUUAAUUUCCUGUACGACAGAUCCUGCAAAAAGUGCCAAGUGUUCAUUGCACUUGUAGUUCAUAAUUGCGUGCUUAUAGUUGUAGUAGUUCCCUAUUUUGUGAUGGAUUUCUAUUAUUGUGUUCAUUAAUGAAAUGUUUGAUAAUAUUUCCACAAACACACGUAAAUUAGAAUAACUAUUGAUGACAAUGUCCGAACAGCAUCCGUGGGAUGAGAUCGUAGACAUAUGCAUAUUGUAUUGUGUCGAUCUAAUAACGAUGUUUUACUCAAGAACAAUUUACCUAUAUGUAUGUACGUAACAAGAAUAUACGAUAUUCUGUUGAAUUAUUAAGUCCGCAAAAGAGGUUUCAAUGUGUAAUUAAGUACGAAAACAACAAAAUGCUUAACUUUAUUUAAUAAACUACGAGGGGAAUGUAUGAAGAAAAAUGUCGUAAAAUUACAUCAUUGUAUGCGUCGUAAUAACUGCACUUGGGCGUCAACUCUCAUGAUGUAUCAUGACCAAUACUACUAUACGUUUGGAAGUUCAUAUUGCGCGUGCAGUUCUAACAUUUUGUAUAAGGCUGAAUUAAAUGUAUACAGAAAUAAAGAUAUAUUUCGUCGAAAA